AUGCUGUCCCUUCGCACCAUCUCCCGCGCUGUGCCUCGCACUUUCUCGCGCUCCGUCGCCACCUCCGCUCUGCGCCCUGCUCUUCCCAAGGUCACUCCCCAACCCUGGAAGCAGGCCACCAAGCCCGCCUACGCUGCUUUCUCUACCUCUAGCAUCUUCAAGGCGCCCGCCGCUGAAGGUGACAUCGACCUUCUUGCUAAGCUCGAGGAUGAGCUGAAGCACGAGAAGACUUCCGAUAUCCCCGAAUUUAAGGAACAGCAGGAAAUCAUCCAAGAAAUUGUCAAGGCCGGUGAAUGGCAGGUUAAGGAUGUCGAGGGUGAGCAGGAGGUUGUCCUCUCCAAGAAGUUCGGCAACGAGAAGGUCAGCGUCAGCUUCACCGUCGCCGACAUCCAAAACAUCUCCGAGCAGGAGGACUUCGAUGAGGCUUCCCUGUCCGAUGACAUGGGAUACCAGAGCAAGGAUGGCCUUGAGAACGGCGAGGAGGCCGAGCACCCUGAGCCUAGCUUCCCUGCCCGCGUGAACGUCACCGUUGAGAAGCCCACCAACGGCGCUGUCCUCAUCCAGGCCGUCGUUCAGGAUGGUGUCUUCCAGAUCGAGGAAGUCUCCCACUUCGCUAAGGCCGAGCUCGCUCAGGCCCUGACUGCCGAGAAGGACUGGACCCGCCAGAGCCUUUACGCCGGUCCUCCCUUCGAGAACCUUGACGAGGACCUCCAGAGCCUCUGGGAGCGCUACAUUGAGGACCGCGGCAUCAACGCUGAGCUCGCCACUAUGAUCCCUGACUACAUCUCCGUCAAGGAACAGAAGGAGUACCUCCGCUGGUUGGAAAACGUCAAGAACUUCGUCGGUGCUUAA